CCCACCCCUCCCCACCAAAUUUGCCGCUGAAGGCCAUCGAUCCACCCAGCGUAUGUAUUUCACCCAUCGAUAUCAUCCGGCAGCUGCCCGCAGUCCUCAAUAUUCACAGUCGCACUAAGCGGCACCACAUCUGCCAUAGGCCCAUGAGUCAUGUCCAACAUAGUCGGCCGUUCGCCGUGCCCACGGCCGCUGCCAGCUGAGUCUCCGGCCGCCAUUGUUAUGCCGUGUAGCCAGCUGACGGUCCUGAGAUCCUCGAUGAAGCCCACCACCGUCUCCCACGUGUGCAGGUUGUUGGCCGACGACACGCUGAUGAGGAAGCGACUCCCUGCACACACACACACACACACUCUGUGUGCUGUGCUGGUUGAGGGUGAAGGGACGGUGUAACCACACCAUGCAGCUUGUGCAGAGCGAAGCCGUUCUUGUCGACGCACCUCUCGCCCAUCAGGGCUACCAUGCCCGGCUUGCGGGGCCCGAUGAGGGACGCCUUGUGGUCCCACCUGGUGUGGUUUGGGCCGUAGACGGACUCAGUGGUGACGGUGAAUUGCUGGUUGCGGCCGUCACGACUGUCCAGACAGCCGCCCUCCAGCUCUGCCCCUUUCACUGCGUAGCCCAGCCUCGUGCCUGCGCGAGGCACCCACACACACAAUUCUCGUCUCGUCUCUCUGUGCCUGACGUCAGUCAGUUAGUCACCUUUGUAGUGCAGCGGGUAUCCCGACGCGCCGACGCCCUUCUCCCCGGUGCAGUAGCACCUGAAGGAAAUGAAGCCCACCAACCGAUCCACUCAUCCGGCCAUUGGAUCGAUGGAUGGCAUACUCGGCACAGCGCCACCUGAAUGAAGUCGAUGUACCUGAAGUUCUCGGCCGCCUUGGGGCUGACGUCGGUGAAGAGGAAGAUGACCACUCGCCGGUGGAAACAGGUGGGGCCCGCCGCAGCGCCGCUGCCGUCGGUGACGCACAGGUCCAGGAAGACUCUCGGACGCUAAACAAAAAGACCGCUAGAUAGGUUAGCUAGGUGUGUGGGUCUGUAUGUGGUUGUUCGUUCUUGCCUUUGUUGGCGGUGAGGUGGCGAUCUUUUUGGCGCACUCGAAGCCCUCCGUCAGAUUCUCAAGCAACACGCCGGCCACCGCCUUGACCUGAAAAGACAAUGGGACACAAACACACACACACACACACGGUUUUGUGUGUGUGUGUGUGUGUGUGUGUGUGUGUUCAGAACAUAACGGCGUUGCGGUGCGACGUUUCACUGACCGUCUUCUGCGUGUGCUGCUUGACCUUGAGGCAGAGGAUGCGCCACAAGUCGGUUUCCUGACGGACAGACACCCAGACAGACUCCUCCCAUGUGUCUGUCUGUGUCUGCGUGUGCUUACUUUGAGCAGAUCUGCUCAGUGGUAAAAAUCGACAUGCAGGGCAAGGUAAAUGUCCAGCUGGAAGACCAGGCUGACCAGGUCAUUUGUCGCCUGCACGCACGCACACACACACACACACACACAUACCCAUGGUCCAUAGACACACACUGAGAGCCAGCUGCCCGUCUGUCUGCCUACGUUGACGGCGAGUGCGCCUUUGAUGGACUUCUCGAAGUCCUUGAGCCGCGCGGCGACGGGUGCCAUGUCGUUGGCCUGGCGGAGCUCCUCUGCCAGCCGCUCGCACACAACCUGCUCAUCCUCAGCAGCCAGGCUGAUAACUGACGGGACACAAGCCGACACGCACCCUUGUUGUUUGGGUGUUUAUUCUGUGUGUCUGUAGUGUGCUCACCUGGUGGUUUGUUGGCGGUGUCGUUGAGCAUGUCAUCGAUGGGUUUGGGCUCGGCCGUUUUGAGCCUGUCGACCAUGCGCAUGAAGUGGGCGACGAUGUCCUUUUGCAGUCGGCUCAGCUGCUGCUCCACCAGCACACUCUUGUCGAUGGCCUUGCCCUUGCUCUGCACAGCACAUCCAUGCGACACGUCACCAUACCAGCCUCGCUCCUCUCCUUGGUGCUUGACUGACCUUUAGUUUGGCCAUGUCCUGGUCGAUUUUGGCGUCAAGGGCCGUCGCGAGGAAUGAUGAUUUGCCUCUCAGAGCCCGCCGCACCAACUCGAGCACCCAGGACUCGUCUGGCGAGGGCACCAGGUGGCCGCCCGUCGCGUGACGCACAAAGUGGGGCCACCGCGCCUCCGGCAGCACUACCAGAAAGUCGUGUAGCCAAUCCAAAAGGUCGCCUUGCGCCGAUAGCGCCAUCCCGCUGAGUGUCUUGGUCGCAACGGUGCGCAGGGCGGACAGGAGCGUGCAAGCGGCCGUGGGAAUGCCGGGCACGCCACCGAUCAGGAACGGACGACUGAUGGCGGCCAAUGGGGAGUCGAGAGUGACGAAGCGUACCGUGAGCUUGGCACGCUGGAUGUCGCCCACGGUCGCCCUGGCGAGAACAAAAUGUCGCCGCCGCAGCUCCUCCAGCGGUGCGACCACAUCGCCAUGAAACGUCAAGCGGAGGACGGAAAUGUGGCAGGCGCCAGAGGGGCCUCCGAACGUCGCGUCGACCACACAGGUCUCUUGGUCAAAGUCAUUGCGAGCGUACACCAGCAGGUCCACCUCGCCGGCCUGCGGCUCAGUCAUGUCGCCAGAUGCAGCCCCAGCACUACUGGAACGAGCUGAGGCAUCCUCUGCGCCGCUGAAGCCAGCCAGGCACUUGCUGAUGGCUACCCUCUCCCGCUCCAGCUGAAACACGUGGAAGUCCGCCAUGUCGAUAAAGCCGAUAAACAGUCGGGCGACGUUGGUGUUGGCGAAGGCCGGCCUCACUAUGGCACGGAAGAGCUCACAAGGCUCCCGAUGAGUCUCUUCAUCCUCCCGAAGGCACCUCGUCGAGCAGUAGAGCAUCUCGCCGCAGACUUGGCAUGCGACUCGCCGGCCGAGAAAGCCGCACCUGAGGCACUUGAGGUCGGCGGCGGGAUGAGUCAUUGUCGCGUCCGACAUCGGUGGGAAGGCGGCGUCACGAUAAACGUCAGGAUGAAGCCUUCAUUGAAGGUAGAAAAGCAUAGAUCUGCAGAUGGGAGGGCUCGGGCUUCCUUUCGUCCGGAAGAACUCCG